CAAUGAAGUAAUUUGAAUAAUCAAUGUACACAAAUAUAAAGCUACACCCGCUUCAUUGGUUUUGGAACGCGUGGUUGGCGAGUUUAAGUUAUGAUAUUUUACAUUGUCAAUGAAUAAAUUGAAAAUACGUUUAAAUAAAUGUGUGAGUGUCAUGGCUAACAUAAAUUACUGGCGGUGUUUUAGGGGAGUCAGUUUUGCCUUUUUAGUAUUUUAUUCAACUUAUUUUGGAACCAUUUUUCUUUUGACACCAUUCCUCCCACUAUUCUUUGUUGCACCGGUAUUUACAAGGAAUAUAACAGAUAAGAUUAUCUGGUGUUGGAAACUAUAUUUAGUGUCCCUUUUAGAAGUAAUUUUCCAGACAAAGUUCAGAAUAUAUGGAAAAGUUCCAAGUAAUGAAGCAGCAAAUCUGAUGAUAAUGAAUCACCGUACAAGGCUUGACUGGCUCUACCUGUUUUCAUACCAAGUGAGACACGCCUCGGUCAGGCGCUACAUCAUCAGCAUGAAAAAUAUUCUAAAGUUUUUGCCUGGUAUAGGCUGGGCAGGGCAAAUUGGCGGUUUUAUUUUUCUGGACAGGAAAUGGGAAGAUGAUCAGAGAACCAUAUCCAAAUGUCUGGGAGUCUUCGAACACAUCAAUUACAAACCCCAGAUCUUGCUGUUUCCAGAGGGUACGGAUCUAACCGAGACUACAAAGAAGCGCAGUGACGCCUACGCUGAAAAAUAUAACCUACCAAAGUAUGACUUUGUGCUGCAUCCAAGAACCACAGGAUUUACACAUUUUGUACAAGAAAUGAAAAAAGAUGAAAUACUGGACUGUAUCACAGAUAUAACUAUAGCUUAUCCUGGAAUAAUUCCGCACAGUGAAAUAGACAUAAUCAAGGGCAACUUUCCGUCGGAAAUUUGUUUCUUGAUUGACUGGUAUCCUAAUAAAGAAAUACCAAUGCACAAGGAUGACCUUGACAAUUGGUGUAAAGAAAAAUGGAGUAAAAAGGAGGCAGUCCUAAGAGAAUUUUAUGAAAAGAAGUCAUUUGAGAGAGCCGGGGAGGAGCUUUAUACAAAUGAAAGUUUAAUCGCAGCAUUGUCUUUUUAUAGUUGGACGAUUUGGACAAUAUGGCAUGUAUUUAUUACGUAUAUGCUGUGGUGUUACCCUGUGUUAUGGUUAUAUGUUAUUGUGUGUACCAUAAUGUAUGUCUGUGUAUCAAAAUACACGCACGGAUUUAACUUGCUUAUUGCUAAAACAAUGAAUAUUUGAUAAAAUCUAUGUAUUAACUACCUAAGCUACCCUUUAUGUUUGUACGUGAACGUAUUGAUGGUAAUUCUUAUACAUUCUCGUGGCUGUAUUGGACGCAUGUUCGUUAUGCAUAAACAUGUAUUAAACAAUGGAAAUGCAGCCUUUGAUAAAUGUGUAUGUAUGCAUUCUGUUGGUCUAUUUUUGCGUGCAGCUAUUAUAUAUUUGAUUUUUUAACGACCCGCUUUAUAGUUACAGCUGACCAAAUUGUUAGACUAUGAAAUGUUUAUUUCAAUCCAAGAUUUUUUCCCGAUUACUUUCCCAUUUGUGAUCAUUACUAAAGACUAUUUUUGACCAUAACAUGACGGGUUAAAAUGUUAGACUUUUGGUGAUUUUUAUCAAUGACUUGUAGUGUUCUUUACACUUUUCUGUAUUUGAACAAUAAUAAUACACUGUUUUUCUUGUAUUCUAUAGUUUAGGAUCCUCCAGUGUUUUCAGGUGUUCAUGUAAAGACGUAAAGAAGUUGUUACUAUGUUAUGGAAAUUUUCAGCAUUUUACGGAGAAAAUAUCAGGUAAUUCAACUGGUCUACCACCAGUCAGCCCUUAAUUACCUCAACAUUCUCUUUAUUUGAAUACUGUUUAUACAGAAUUCAUUGACUGAGGUACUUAUUUUCUCAGGCGUUUCAUUUACUCAUGUACUUAUUAAAAAGCUGUAUAUUUGUUGAAAUUAUAUGUGAAUUAUUUAAAUAUGAUCCUUAAACACUUUAUAGCAUGUUCCAGAUUAUAUAAAUGGUAAAAGACUGAUGUACUUAACCAUUGUAAUACACACAUAUACUUUCACGUCUUAUAAGUUACUGAAGAAUAAAUAUUGGACAAGUGUAUAACUAUUAGAGAAAUGAAUAAUAUUAGAGAAGUGCAUAAUUUAAGAGAAGUAGAACUUAUAUUAUCUGUCUCUUUAAAUUCACAGUAAUAUGUCAAUUAAAUAUAGUUUGUUACAAGAUUUAUUACAAGCUACUUUAAUAUAUUUUGACAUAUUUGUUGUUAUAUUUAUGUUUUUUGUUUUAAUGUAUAACAAGGACAGUCCCAAACAUGUAACGUAUUCUUUUUAUUCAUAUUUUACAUUGCAUAAAAUUGUAAAGAUGUCCACUUAAACCGUGACAAUAAUGGAAAAUAACAGAAUUUGACAAGACUUACACCUAGCAGAUAUUUGUCUUUAACUAAAAUACAUUUUCUACAAAAUUGAUACAGCGGGUUAAAUAAUCUACCUCUUUGGGUUUAUGUAUUUUUUGUAAACAAAACAUUGCUAGAAGCUAAUCAUAAAAUUUAAAAGUGCAAAGUUUUCUGUAAUUAUCAAUUUUUCUUUGCUGCAGUUCGUUCUGUUAGCCUGUUGAUUUUGCAACACCAUUCACGUCAGUAAGCAACGUAUAAUAGUAACAUUUAUUAUGAUAUAACAUUGUGAAGACUCGUUCAAAGAAAUAAUAUACUAGUACACGUUGUUUCCAACAUACAGAAUGUACAGACCGAACUUAGCUGGUUUCAUAGACUCUCUACAAUCGCCACAUGAAAAUUUAAAAAGAAGCUUUGUAACCAGGUAUAUUUUGGAUAUUCAUGAAAAAAAGUUUGGUACACACGUUGACUGUUUCGCAGUUUUGUAAAUAUCUAAAAUCUAAAAUUUGCUCGCUCUAUUUUCUUGUAUAUUUUAAAUAUGACAUGCUAUAUGACAAAAAUUACACAAGCUCUGAAUCCUGUCUCUAAUAAUAGCUGAUACUUGUAGGUUAUUAGGUCUGUACCGAGAAAUAUGCAUGAGUUCUACAGCGGAAAUAUUGCGCGACUUUAGGAGCGCAAUAUCAUUCCGCGAAAGAACAAUUGCAUAUUUCUUAAUGCAGAUCAAAACUUUUUUUAUAUGAGCCGCGCCAUGAGAAAACCAAGAUAGUGGCUUUGCGACCAGCAUGGAUCCAGACCAGCCUGCGCAUCCGAGCAGUCCGGUCAGGAUCCAUGCUGUUCGCUAACGGUUUCUCUAAUUGCAUGGUGCGGCUCAUAUUACAUACGCAUAUACAUUUCUUCUUCCGUUAAUGUACGGGGCUCACUCUGGAGCAUUGUUGUACAUAGUGAAUGUACAAAGUAGAUGUGACGUACGCGCAAUUGAUGUGCAUUAUAAAACUAUUUACAAUAUCUGCGGGGUGCUAGCUUGUCACCAAACCAUUCUUGAAGGCCACCAAGCUGGGUGCAAUGGCAAGGUGCUCUGGCAUCUGGUUCCACAGGCGUACAGCUGAGGGAAAGAAAGAGUGUAUGAGGUACUAAUAGUCUGUUCUACAGAAUGGCACGAUGGAACGGAGGGUAUGUCCUCUUGUAGUUGCCGAUGUAUGGUGCAAGUUCUGUGGAACUGUAACGUCAAUGUGCCCAUGUACUAUACGGUACAUCAUACAAAGCUUUGCCUGUUGCCGUCGAUGUUGUAGGGAAGGCCAGCCUAGGUCAGCAGUCAUCUGCAUGGAGCUGCUUGUAGUGUGGUAAUCCCCCUUGACGAACCGAGCGGCACUGCGCUGCACAGCUACAAGUUUCAUUUUCUACUGUAAUUUAUCGGAGUUUAUAAAUGAUUGUUUUUUUCCGAAUAACACUUGCCCGAAUAGUUUGCUAAAUAAAUUACGUGGGUCUUACUUCAAAGACAGAUAAGAGGUUAUGAGAAAUAGUAAUAAAUUCUUAGACAACAGGAACCAGGAUAUGUAUAGCAAGUGUGGGAUCCCACUACAUGUAAAUAUACAAGCAUGAACUAGUACAAAGUAGUGCGUGUACCGAAGGUUUUGGCAUUUUAUAUGACGGAUACUAUGAAAAAUGUUGCUUGAAAAAGCUGAAAUGUUGAAAAUUUCCCCAGCUUAUAUUGUCAACUAAAUUGUGCCGACGUCUACAAAAACACAAACCACAAAAACCUACGUGAAUGUUAUCAUUAAUUUUAAAAAGAUAAAAUUGCACAUUGUUUUAUCACUAAAGCAUUAAUCAAAUCUAGUUGUAUUUCCUCUUGUGAUAAGUUUUACAUUCGUUUACAUUAACAUUACAAAAAAAAAAAACAACAACAAC